GCAGAAAGUUUCAAGGCCGUAGAAGCGGAGAAACUGCAACUCGCUGAUCGGCUCGCCAAAAAGUCUCGCGACCUUGACCUGCUGAAACGCUCGAAAUCCCAUUGGGACUCUCGUUCCGCCGAUGCUGGUAUUCGCAUAGAGCAGCUGGAAACCCAAAUGAAAUCGGCUCAGGAAAAGCUGAAUGAAAUUGAAAUCGAGGAGCAAGCCAAGGCUCGUAAUCUCUAUGAGCCGCUGCUCGCGUCGCUCCGUUCCCAGCUGGCGAAGUCGGAUCAGGAAUUGAAAAACCAGAGACUGAUGCAAACCCUGAAGACGCGUGACCUGGAAGGAGUUCAUGCAAAAGAGAUGGAAACCCAGAAAAAGUAUUUCUCGAGCCAACUGGAUUUGGUUGAUCGAGAUAAGAAGAGUUUGCUGCAAAUCGUCGACACUCAAGCGAUGGAAUUGCAGAAAAUUAAGCAAGCUCAAACUGUUUUGCAAGAUUCCCUCAGGCAAGCGGACAAAAACACUCGAGCCUGGUCACAUAUCGAAAACGACAGCCAUAGAACAGGACUCGUAUUAGAAGUUGCAGAAAAACUCAUUGCCUUGGCGGAAACGGAAACCGCGUGGAUUAGCAAGGCAGUUGAUCACACGGCCCAGAUUGCGAAACAAUUUCAGCACAGGCCUUGUUCCGAGGCAUUAGUUUGGAAAAAGGUCAAGGCUCUGGAAGAACAGCUGGGUGACUUGCGACGAUUGACUGGAAACAAAACUAAGAACCAGGACCAGGACCAGAACCUGAACGCAGUUGGCGACCCGUGGGAGGACCGUGUGCUGAAGUCGUGCGAACAGCGGGAAAUCGCGCUGCUCCAGAACUUGGUAGCCGGGAAAACUCGCUCUCAGUCCUCGUCGGCCAGCAGUUGUGAUCCUCGAGUUAUUCUGGACCAGAACCUGAACGCAGUUGGCGACCCGUGGGAGGACCGUGUGCUGAAGUCGUGCGAACAGCGGGAAAUCGCGCUGCUCCAGAACUUGGUAGCCGGGAAAACUCGCUCUCAGUCCUCGUCGGCCAGCAGUUGUGAUCCUCGAGUUAUUCUGGCAAAUCCCCAAGAAAAUGGCGAUGAUUCCCCCGACUGCACAUCACUGGACGCGUCGGUCGCAAUGGAUAUUGACUCAUCCGUCGCGUGUUCUGCUUCGAUUUCGGCGUUUGCUGCUGCUGCUGACUUAGUUCCGGCUCGCCAAGAUAAACUAGUCCAGACAGUUAAUGUUUUUCCUGGCGAACCCCGGGUUACAGGUUGCAAAAGCGAGCCAAAACUGAUGCGAGACAAACAACCCCGGGCCCGACGGGCUUCGACGUGGCGGUGAAAAAAAGAAAAAGAAAACGAACCCCGCGCGGAUGAGUGCAGGAAAGUUGAUAGUGCUGGGUUCCGGAUGGAGGGUUUCGAGUGACUAUAAGCACGUGUUAUUUCCGCCUGAGACACGCUGUAUAAUUCUCUUUCUCUCUCUCUCCUUUUUUCCAGUGUUUUGAGCAGCGAGGUUUAAAACCAAAAAAAGAAACGCUAAUCGAACAA